UUACAACCACCCCCCUUUUUUGGUAGUUCAUUGUUCGCAAGCAGAAAGAGACGGCAAGAGGUCCCCUCAGCCAAAAAUAGGUGAAGCUGUGCUUCGGAUCUUCUGCUGCUUUCACCUCAACCUCACUUUUUGCCUUCACCUUCACUUUCAACCGCUUUACCUUUUGUCGCUGGUUCGACAUCUUUACCCCGACGGCUCUUUCUUUCGGCAUUUCUCCAAACAGCUUAGCGUCAUCUCCAGAGCCCAGGAAAUAAAACAAGCAGAAAUGAAGGCUUCCAUUGUCCUUGUCUCCUUCCUCGGCCUGGUCUCCGGCAUGGUACUCCCCGGUAUCCGUCUCAGUCCCAGCGGUGCUAAGCUGCAGCCGCGGUCCCUCUUUAAGCGUGAGGCCAAUUUGGACUACCGCUACGCCCCAGAGCCAUGCCGUGCCAUUCUCACCACAUGCCGAGUCACGUCAGACUGCUGCUCAGGCAUGAAGUGCGUGAGCGCUGAUGGCGAGUCGGUUUGCACUCCCAGCGAUUAAGUCAGUCGAAACGAAUCUCGUUUGGUGAUCGGAUCGGACUGGAUGGAGCCACUGGUGGCUACUGAGGAGUCGAGGUUUUCCUGCCUGCUUAGCCUGGCCUGGAGCACCUCCUGUGUCUCGGCCGGGUCUGGGACUGGGUCUGGGACCCAUGUUGUCACAUUCUCUUUCUUUGUUCAUAUUCCGACACUGUUAGUGUCUUUUG